GACAAGGGGUCCACCGAGACACUCGGUCAAUCCUGGCGUACGGAACAAAACUAUAACUGAACUGCUACUUCAAGUCUGCUUGAAACCCAUUAAUCGUGAUUAAUUGAUCAAUAUCAAGCCAAGAAAUCAGCGGACAAGGACGGUAAACCGCUUUACGCUAGCCGACAAAGUAGUACUUUUGAGAGUGAAGGCUUUUGCUUGUCAGUGUAGUUAUGCCAAAACGGUGACUUAUGCAGAGCAAAAGUGACAGCAUAAAUAUUCCCUCGACAACCAGGAGAAAUGCUUUACUGUGGUGAUACUGUGGCCCAAGCCGUUAGACACUUGAGGGCAGUGUUAGUCAGCCAAGACCAUGGAUGUUGCAAGGUUAGCGCACGCUCAAGGUCAUGGAACAAGGACAAUAACAUGGAUCUUCAGGCAGUGGCGUGGAGGAUCACCGUAUGGUACAGGUUGUCCUAUAUACUUCCUUGGAGGAUGCUACCAUAAUGAGAGGCUGAUUAAUCAGGACACAGAAGUCAUUCAGUAUACCAGACAAAAAGUUCUCUAGAUAACAACAAACCAACAAAGAUGUUUCGAGUUCGCCUGAGGUGGAUGUUUGCUCUAAGCAUGGCACAUGUAUUUUCUAAUUUUAACUCGGCCGAUAAAGGACCGUUUCACAACUUGUCAACCUAUCAGAUGGAUUGUAACAACACAACAGUCAAUGAAGUGGACGAAGACAUGAAAGAGGAGUUAUCAUUGGUCAGCAAGGUUUUUUAUGGAAUAAUUAUCUCCAUAAUGAUCAUAGUCUGUAUAACAGGAAAUAUCUUGACUUUGCUGUCGUAUGCUCAAGACCGUAAACUACGUACAGUGCACAACACUUAUCUUAUAAGCCUGGCUGCCUCUGACCUGCUCGUUGGCUGUGUCAGUAUGCCCUUUUAUGCUGUCUACACACUCAUGAGCUACAGCUGGCCGUUUGGGGUGACUUUCUGCAAAGUUUUCAUGUCCAUAGACUUUCUGGCGUGUUUGGAAUCUGUGUUUGUCAUAAUGCUAGUGAGCUACGAUCGCUGUAUGCUGCUAGUGCAAGGAGCCUCGUACACUUCUAAGCAGACAAUGAGAGCUGCAAAAGUUCGCAUAUUUCUGUCUUGGACCGUAUCUUUCCUGGCGUAUGUACCAGCUAUUGCUUUCUGGGAUGUGGUCCGUGGUUUUAGCGUCGUGGAAGAGGGAGAUUGUGACGUGGAAUUUUACGAAGACUUUAGUUUCAUCAUGGUCACUUCCGCAAUAGAAUUUUUUAUGCCACUCAUCAUCAUUGCUUGUCUUAACAUUUACCUGUACAGCCUUAUACUGAAGCGCUCUCGGAGAACAACUGGUCAAAAGUUACCACAGAGCUUCAACGUGCGGUACAAGAAGGAUCAGUUACAGGCGUGGGUCUCGGACAACGUCGUAGCACAUGAGAUACCAUCUCGUCACGGAUCCAAGGACAAUGCAAAGUACAUCAAUGUUAUCAAACGCGAGAGAAAAGCUGCGCGUUCUUUGGCAGUUUUGGUGGGCGCGUUCACGGCAUGUUGGAUGCCGUAUACUAUUUGUACUGUGAUCAUAGCCUUCUGUGAUCAGUGUGUUCACAAAGACGUUUACGAGGCCUUCAACUGGCUGCUGUGGGCGAACGCUUCCCUGAACCCUUUCCUUUACGCCUUCACCAACAAGCAGUUCCGCCUAAACUAUUUCUGUAUUUUAAGACUUGACAGACUGCGCAGAUCAAGUGAAGGUAAAAUUACACCCCGGAAAAACAACUCGCUUGAAUCUACCUCAUUAAAUAAGAGCGACUUGGUUACAAACAUUAGAGCUGAACAUCAGCUCUAAUGAAUUAACUUAUAGUGCAUGCACGUAAAUG